AUGGCCACGUUGGCUCCCAUUCCUGUAGUUCUUCCCCAAGACAAAGUGCCGACCAAAACAAACGUCAGAGAUAUCAUCGGCUCAUUUCUACCAGAAUGGCGAUCUGUGGACCCGGAUAGCCUGACCAUAUCAUACCAUGCAUCUUUCGUCAAUGCCCACUGUCCUGUCGAGCGACCAAGGCCGGCUACUGAUGUAUCUGCCGAACCCUUGAAGGUGUUUAUUAAAUUCCAUAAUAACACUGGCGGAGACCCUGAAGUCUUCAAGUAUCUGGUACCGAGCAAACAGGAGGAAGCAAUCAUCAGCUAUAAGUACGGCCAAUCCGGGCUAGGAGCAAAAGUGUAUGGAUUCUUCCAAACACAGGAUGGUACGCUCGGGAGAAUUGAUGAGUUCUUGGAUGCACGAAACAUGGAGCCGGAGGAUGUUGAGAAUACGAUCAUUCGAGCAGAUGUUGCUAAGGCAUUGGCGACGCUCAAUACCUUGGAUACUUCGUUGGAGAACAAGACAAUGAAGCCAUCUUGUGAAGCCAUGAUGAAUGGACUGAAGAAAUACCACAACAUGGACAAGCUAAAGGCACUUGGGAAAGAAGGAGGUAUCAGUGUGGACAACCUGGUUGAUUACGACUUUGUGACAAGGUUGAGAAAGGUUCUGAACCAGCUGGAAGCUAUGGAAGGAAAGACAGGAUGGUGCAUGCACGACGUUCAAUUCAUGAACGUUAUGGUGAAAAAUCAUCCGAAGGAAGAAGAAAGUAGAGUGGCCUUGAUUGACUUUGAGUUCGUGAUGCCAAACUACCGUGCCUUGGAUAUUGGUGGGCACUUUAUGCAGAAGAUGUUCAAGUGGUUUGACGAGGAGAGCAAGAUUGCGAAUUGCAGGAAGUAUACAGGGGAAGAGAAGAGACACUUCUGCCAGGAAUAUGCCAUACAGUGGAACCUACUGACCGGUGACUCGGAUACCGGGGACCAAGUGUUUUUGGAAAGCGAGUACGGAUACUUGUUGGCCCUUGCUUUUGAUAUCCAUAUGAUGCUGUGGUUCAUGAGCGAAGAAAACGACAAGGAUCCGUUGAAUCUUCUUGGACUUAACAAGCUGUUCGAAGAGUUUGUGGAUCAUCAAACUCCAUUUUGCGAAAUCAGCCGAAGCAACGACGACCUUGGGAAUAUCACAGAAACUCUUCUCUUGGUAUUCACCGCCUGCUAUCAGGAGCCACUCCCUUCUUAUUUAUUGGUGGACUUCACGCACGAGCUCUUCCUCCUUCCUAUCAUCUUCGCAACCAAAAAGUGCAAUAUGGAAGCAUACGGCAACAGUGAUGAACCGGCUCCGUCGUAUAGAUGGGCCGCAGAGGACCAUGAGUUGAUCAGUCAAUCGGCCGAUGUGCGGGCCGACGGCCGGAUCGAUGUCAAUCUCGAUUCGGUCAUUUCUAGGAAUAUUGCUAAGAGUAUCGCCCAGGUCAUCGAUCUACAGCAAGAGGACUUACAUAAUCCCCCUCCGAGUUAUGAGGACCAGCAAAAGGUUCCACCUUUCGCCUUUGAUCUUCAGCUCAACAUUGUCAUUCAGAUUGUAGGCAGUCGAGGGGAUGUGCAACCCUUUGUUGCCUUGGGAAAUGAGCUCCAAAAACAUGGUCAUCGUGUUCGGAUUGCCACUCACGAUGUAUUUGCGGAUUUUGUCACGCAAUCUGGAUUGGAAUUCUUCCCGAUUGGCGGAAAUCCAGUUGAAUUGAUGGCUUACAUGGUCAAGAACCCGGGAUUGCUGCCUCAGAUGGAGACCUUACGAUCAGGAGAAAUCCAGAAGAAGCGGGCUAUGGUCAGGACAAUGCUCGACGGCUGCUGGCGGUCGUGUAUCGAGAAUGACCCAAUAUCAAAUGAACCCUUUGUGGCAGACGCCAUCAUUGCGAACCCUCCUAGUUUUGCACACAUUCACUGUGCCCAAGCACUGAGCAUUCCCCUACACCUCAUGUUUACUAUGCCAUGGAGCAGCACGAGGGAAUUUCCUCACCCUCUUGCAAAUUUGAAGCCCUCGCGGAUGGAUCCAAGUAUAGCAAACCUCGUUUCUUUUGGUGUGGCAGAGUGGCUCACCUGGCAAGGAUUGGGUGAUGUUAUCAAUAAAUGGCGAGCGACUCUAGACUUGGAACCAAUUGCAAUGGUACAGGGACCCAGCCUAGCGGAAUCUUUGAAAAUUCCCUUUACGUACUGCUGGUCUCCUGCGUUAGUCCCCAAGCCAAUGGAUUGGCCCGCGCACAUUGAUGUUUGUGGUUUCUUUUUCAGAGAUCAACCGAUAUAUAAGCCGUCUGAGGAAUUGAUGACGUUCCUUGAGUCCGGCCUACCUCCAGUCUACAUCGGAUUUGGAAGUAUUGUGGUUGAAGAGCCCCAAUCAUUGACCAACGCCGUGCUAAGGGCUGUGGCUCGAGCUGGUGUCAGGGCCAUUGUGUCGCGAGGCUGGAGUAACCUUGGCGGGGGUUCCCCUAAUUCUAAAGAUGUCUUCUACCUCGACGACUGCCCACAUGAAUGGCUGUUUCAGCGUGUCGCGGCAGUGGUUCACCACGGAGGAGCGGGAACUACAGCUUGUGGACUCUUCAAUGGGCGACCGACUGUAGUUGUACCAUUCUUUGGAGAUCAACCAUUCUGGGGAGACAUGAUAGCAAGAGCGGGUGCUGGCCCGCGUCCCAUCCCUCAAGCUUCUCUCAAUGCACGAAACCUUGCAGAUGCUAUUCGCUUUUGCCUGACGGCAGAAGCCAACGAAGCGGCGCAAAAGAUUUCAAUGAAAAUGCAGACCGAAUCUGGCUUAAAUGCUGCGGUUGAAUCAUUUUAUAGGCAUUUGCCGGCCCAAAGAAUGCGUUGCCAGAUCAUGCCCAAGCAGGCAGCUGUUUGGACGUAUACUAAGUCUAAGAGGCAAAUAAAACUUUCAAAACCAGCUGUUCAAACGUUGAUUGAUCAUUCAAAGAUUGAGGUAAAGCAUCUCCGGUGCCAUGACAUCAAUCCACUCAUUAUUGAAAACCGUCGGUGGGAUCCUCUUACUGGGAUAUUGUCCGCUACUGCAACCACCGGAUCCAACAUGCUCAAAUCCACCACUGGCAUGAAUACUACGUUGAGGGACUUACAGCCUUUGUCGUCAACAUCCUCAAUUUCCACUAGCGGCCAACAGAGUGGAAAACGGGGCGGAAAAUCUGCGUCUACCGCAAUUUCCAUGGCUGGCGCCUUUCUUGGUGGUUUUGGCAAGUUCACUGGCACGUACUUCAAAGGCGUCGUAGUGGACAUUCCCCACGCAGCGGCCGAGGGCUUCCGCCAGGUUCCCCGACUCUAUGGCGAAGAGCCCAAAGACUACGGUACCAUUGACGGCUGGAAAUCAGGAGCAGUUUUUGGCGGCCGAAACUUUGUCGAUGGGAUGACUGAUGGCUUCAAGGGUCUUGUCACGGAGCCGUAUCAAGGAGCCAAGGAGGAGGGAGCGUUAGGCGCGGUCAAAGGGUUCGCAAAAGGUACCAUUGGCUUUGCUACCAAAAUCCCAUCCGCCGGAUUGGGCUUGGUUGCCUAUCCUUUCCAAGGCAUCGCAAAGAGUAUCGAAUCGACGGUCCGAUCCAAGACUCGAAAGGCUGUCAUCAAUGCACGCCUAAAAGAUGGGUACUCUCUGACCCAAAGGCAGAAUAUGACACCUGAGGAGCAAAACUAUGUCUUGCGAACUUUUGAGACUCUUUUACGUGGCACGAGUACUUGA